AUGUCGGGCAACGCGGUUUUCUUACUUGUAACGACGCUGUUAGCCAUGGCUGCUCAAUGCAACGCUAACUUUCCUUAUUAUUUUGGUGACUUCAAAGUAAGCAUUCGAAACGGAUUUAGCGGGAACAUCAAGUUGGAGGUGAAUUGCACAUCAUUUGACGAUGAUUUGGGCAGGCAUUGGCUCCGAAAGGGAGAGACUUACAGCUUUACUUUCCACACAGACAUUUUGGGCACAACAACAUGGGAUUGCCGUUUAGCAACACAAGAUGCUCCUCUUGGCACCUCCCAAUUGUUCAAGUGUGACUAUGAUUUUCUCAAAAAGUGCGAUUUCAGAGAGUGCAAAUGGGAUGUCAGGGACGACACGGAAUAUUUGCUAGACAUUCCCCAAAACAAAUAUGUACGCUGGGCUCAUACUUAG